AUGUCGGAUGGGGAGCACCUCCAGCAGGGCCAUCUUAGCAGCCUCGCUCUGGUUUUGAAUCGAUGCGGAGUCGACGACGAUGACGGAGGCGGCGGCGCCACCGCCGACGAGUUCAAGGCAGGCAACGCCAACGGUGCACUGGCGAGUAGUGCAACCCCCCAGAGCGUCAUGGGCACCGGGCGAAUGGGCUCGGACGGGUGGAGAGGCGCAUCCUCGCAGCACCCAUCCGGACGCGGCUCGCAGCAUGCGCCUGCAUACACAUUGAACUCGCUACCAACAUUGCCGUUGCCGCCGCAGCCGCCUCACGUGCUCGCGGCGUCGAAGAUAGUGUCCGUCUCCCACACACCAACAUCGGAGCAGUCCAUGAAUACUCACGGAGGCACUCGCUCCCUGCGGGAUGAGUUCCGAAUGGUUGCCGGAGCUGCCGCCGUGGAGGGCAGCGUGCGGCCCCACCGACGCGACAGAGCAGGCUUUGAAGAGAACGAUGCCCGCCUUCUUCCGGUGUUCUUGCCACCCGGGCAGUCUGCCGCCGCGGCUGCCCCGUCAAGCGCUCUCAGAGGAAGCAACUGGCACCGUCGGAUGUGCGCGUGCUGCCGGGGGAAAUACGCGCAGAUGUGGCUACGGAUGAGCUCCGCUGUUCAGAGAGAUGACCGGUGGUUGUGGCGCUGCCUGCGGGGGACGCUCGAGGAUGCAGAGCCAGAGAAAGGUACUAGUCGACGACAGAGACGGAGACUCGUGGCGCGAGGGCUUCUCCUGGUGAGCAUUGUCUGCAUCUCCCUCAUGGUCUUCGGCGUCUACCGUAGCGCCAUGCGUCGACUGCAUCGACCCAAUGUCCCGGGCUGGAACGGCACAUUGUCCAUCCUUGUCCAGCACGAGGAAGCGCCACGGCGCAUGCGCCUCAAGCACUCGCGGAAGGUCAAGUGGAUCCACCUGCCAUCGUGGACGCUGAGGGUGGUGCCGGCAAGCUGCGAGGAUUGCCUCGACAGUGACACGUAUGUGGUCGCGCUGCAGCGAGCCGUCGAUGAAGUGGAUCGGAUGCAGCGUGAGGACAUCGCGAGGCAACAAGCCGAGUUGCAGGCGCUACAGCAGCAGCAGGAGGGGCAGCAGCAGCAGCGAGAUGACUUUAAUGUUGGCGCACACGAUGAAACAGUGUCGCCGCUCACGACGGUGACUUUGGAGGAUUUCCUCAAGGCGAACGGCGGCCCAUACGCGGUGUUCGCCAACAUCGGCGCCCCACUCGGCAAAAUUGGCCCCAUGCUGUUUGCUAUGCGCAGCGUGACCGACGGUGUCGACAUGGCGGCCGAGCUGCCUCGCUGGAGCUGGCUGCAACACGCCAGCAUCUCCUCGGAAGCUCACGCUGUGAAGUCGUCGCCAUACAUCGCCGUCAUGGGCAUCCACUCCGCUGACACCGUCGCCCAUGCUCAGCUGCGGGACGCGCAGCGCAGCACGUGGUUCCGCUACACCGCUGUUGCCCAGCGCGAGAACGACUUUCAAGGACGCCUUCUGCCCCUGUACAUUGUCGCGGCACAGGAGCGCGAAGGGACGGCGGACCCGACUUGGGUGGGACAGGAUGAAGAUACGGGGCCCGAGGCUGCGGCGGAGUUCUAUCGACCGACGCUACAGGAGUUCGCUGACGCGACCAACUUCUACCGCGCACUUGCCGCGUCGCCCUUGAACGGAGGCGCAGCGCUUGGCGGCUUCUCAUAUCGAGAGCGACGCAUGUCCCUCCGGCCGAGGUGGCGCACAUUGGAUCCGACGAGCUCUCCUUGUGACCACAUUAUCUCGUCUACAGUGCACGGCAGCGCCAACCGCCGGCGACCGCCGCUGGCGGUGCUGGCCGAGCACCUUCGGCUUCCCAUUAUUCCCGCGUUCACCGCGGCAGCGCGCUUCUUGUGCGAGGCCUCGAGCGGUCUUUGGCUGGAGGCACUUCAGCACAGCGACGUGCUGUGGGUUGAUAUGCUGGCGGACCGCGGGGAGGCAGCGAGGGAGGCCGGGAAGGGCGACAGCCGCUGGAGGAUGGCGGCGCCGGUGGGCAUGACCCAGAAGACGGUGCUGUGGCUGGAGUACGCCUACCACGCCUUCCCUGACGUGCUGUUCAUCGUCAAGAGUUACGAUGACGUAUACAUAAAGGCGCCCCAGAUAGUGAGCGACUUCGCCUACGUGUUGAGUGGUCGACAGCACCGCGACCUCGACGCAAGCUUGGUGAAGAAUGCCGGCAGCGCACUGCUUCCCGUCGAUCCUGUCAGCGGGGUUGGUGAUACGCUGCGCACCGCUGCCCCACUUGCCGCCGCCUCUCAGCCGCGCCUGCCACGCUCACCAGAGAGCGAGUGCGUGCACUGGGGUCUUAGGAACGCGAAGCGCUUUUCACAGAGCCAACACGUGGUGACUCGCAAGGUGGCGCGCAUCGUGCUCGAGAAACCGCAGGAAGCCUACGGAACCAAAGGACUGCGGGACGUGGUGCUGCUGUCCAUGCGCGACUUCAACCCCAUCUUCGCCGACAUCUACGCCGACGUCGCGAUGACCGAUGAGGAUCGCUUCAUCGGAAGCGUUCUGCACGCCCGACGCGCGCGUGCCGCGAAGCUCUGUCCGCAUCGCCGCAUCACGCACGUAGAUGAAACUAUUUCCCGCUUUCACGAACUGCGGCGCGACGUCCGCGGUAUCGUGACGUUUGCGUCUGUGGUGCUGCACCGCUGCACCCCGGCGGACAUGUACUACCUGCACAGGAACUUUUUCUUGGAGGAGCACCGGCUGAGCGGCGGCACCACGCCAGCCGAGGCGGCGGCGGCCGAGAAGGCGGCGCAGGAGCGUGGGGCGCAGUGGAUACGGGCGAACAUGAACGCCUCGCUGGGGCCCGGCUGGGACAACGUGAACCCAGUGCUGUGGGUGCCGCACAGCGCACACCCAGGGGAUGCGAAGCCAGAGAUUCUUGUUGUGCAAGACGGCGUCGCCGUGUACAAUUUUUCCUUUUAA